AUGACCGUCCCACCUCCUAACCCGAGCGGUUGCACCUCUGUUGGCCAGGUUGUCAACUGGAGAGGCCACCAGAUUGAGUGUACUAUCGAAGGCACCCUCUACGGUUACCUUCCCUCGCUCGGCGCAAACGCCUUCUUCACCGCCUUCUUCGCCCUUUGCUUCAUCGUCCAGGUCGUGCAGGGCAUUCGCUACAAGACAUGGACGUACAUGAUCGCACUCUGCCUGGGCUGUCUCGGUGAGACAUUGGGUUAUGCUGGCAGAGUCAUGAUGUACAACGACCCGUUUGGAGACACGGGCUUCAUGAUACAGAUUUGCUGCCUGAUCAUCAGUCCUGCCUUCAUCUCGGCCGGUAUCUACAUCACCCUCAAGCACCUCGUCAUCACCUUUGGACAGUCUUGGUCACGACUGCGCCCUGCCUGGUACACAUACAUCUUCAUCGUGGGCGACUUGGUCUCGCUGUGCCUCCAGGGCACUGGCGGCGGCCUUGCUUCUAGCGGAGAGGCAGGCUCAGCCACGGUGAACAUCGGUACCGAUUUGAUGAUUGCUGGUGUCAUAUUCCAGGUCGUCAUCCUUGCUUUCUUCGGUUACUUCCUCACCGAGUACGCGUUCCGCACACACCGUCACCGCGACCAGUUAUCAGCCGAAGGCGUAGCACUCCUCAACUCGAAACGCUUCCGCUGCUUCAUGUUCGCCGUCGGCGUCGCGUACUUGGGUAUCUUCAUCCGUUGUGUCUACCGUAUUCCGGAGCUCACUGGCGGUUGGAGGAGCGAGAUGAUGCGUAAUCAGCCGGAAUUCAUCGUGCUGGAAGGCGUGAUGAUUGUCCUGAGCGUUGGUGUGCUCACCAUCUUCCACCCUGGCUACUGCUUUCCUGCGCUUGCUAACACGACUGACAAGAGCACGAGGGAGGCGCGUGAGAAGAGCGUGGAUGAGAGCUCGGAAAUGGGAGCGGCGGUCAGCGGGUAA